UGCCGGCAGCGAUGGUACAGUUAAUUUCUGGCAGUCCUGCGGCACAGAAAUAUACACAAGGGGUGUCCGAUAUCAGCCAGUGCCGGCAGCGAUGGUACAGUUAAUUUCUGGCAGUCCUGCGGCACAGAAAUAUACACAAGGCGCAGAAGAGUCAAAACAAAUUUACGGACUUUUAGUAUUAAAAAUAGUUCUUAAUCAUACAUUGAAGUUUUAUCCCACGAGACGGAUAAACUUCUACAUUCGAACAAGGGCUCGAAUUUGA